CGAUGGGGGUGAAUGGGGCGCUGCGGAGUGUGUUUGGGGCGGUGUUUCCGCUGUUUGCGAGGCAGAUGGUGCGGGCUCUGGGGGUGGCGAGGACGACGAGUAUCCUGGGUGCGGUCUGUGUGAUCUUGGUGCCGGUGCCGAUUUGCUUCUGGUAUUGGGGGGAGAGGAUUCGGGGGUGGUCUGUGGUCAAAUCGCUUUGAUAUCUGGCGUGGAUGCUUGGUUACUAAAGCGGCCUUUGAAUCGGUGUUUGAAAAUUGCUAGGCAAAUCUUGGUCUAUUUAUACUCCUCCAUCUCUCAUUAGCAUAUAUCUUCUGUCUAUUGCCUGUCUAUUGUGUCUAUUGCCUGUCUAUUUUGUCUAUUGCCUGCCUAUUCUAUUGUAUGAUGUCUUCUACCGUGUCCCCAUACUACGACCUGGGCACAUACACCCGCCAGAUCAGCACCAGCAGCGAGGCAGCGCAGAUCUGGUUUGACCGUGGCCUGGUCUGGUGCUACGCCUUCAACCACGGCGAGGGAUACAGAUGCUUCGAGCAGGCCAUCGCCCAUGACCGCAACUGCGCCAUGGCCUACUGGGGCCUCGCCUACGCAGCCGGGCCGAAUUACAACAAGGCAUGGGGCCUAUUCGAUCCAGCCGACCUCAAGAGCAGCAUGGAAACAUGCCACGACGCCAUUCACCACGCUAUCCAGCUGCUCGACACUGGCUCAGCUACUGCCACUCCGGCCGAGCGAGCCCUCAUCGAAGCCAUGCAGGCCCGCUACCCUGUUAACCACCCAGUAGACAACUACGACAGUAUCAACCACGCCUACGACCGCGCAAUGCAGGCCGCACACGAAAGAUUCCCUUCAGACCUUGACAUAAUGACCCUCUACGUCGACGCCAAAAUGCACAUCGCACAGCGGAAGAUGUUCCACAUCAAAACCGGCUUGCCCAUCGAGACCUCCCCCGUCUUCGACAUCCAGCACCUCUUCGCAGCAGGUCUCGCCCAUCCAGCCGCAGAAACACACCCGGGAAUCCUGCACUUCGCCAUCCACUUCUGGGAAAUGUCUGCCACGCCCGCCGUCGCCCUCCCGGCCGCUGAUAACCUGCGCCAUCUCGUCCCAGACGCAGGACACCUCCACCACAUGCCGACCCACCUCGACGUCCUGGUAGGUGACUACCGCCGCUCUGUAGACUCCAACACCGCCGCCGUGCGCGCAGACAACAAGUUCCUCGCCCGCAACGGCGCAAAGAACAUGUACAGCUUCUACCGGAUGCACAACUACCACUCCCUCAUCUACGCCGCCAUGCUAGCGGGCCAAUCCAAGCCGGCCCUGCGCGCGCUCGACCCCAUGGAAUCGUCCAUCACCGAGGACGUGCUGAGAGUCCAGUCCCCGCCUCUGGCAGACUGGCUUGAGUUCUUCGUCAAGUCCGUGCGCGUCCACGUCUACAUCCGCUUCGGGAUGUGGGAUGCCCUCAAAGCCCUCCCCGUCCCAGACGAGAACGUGCAGGAUCUCUACUGCGUCACGACCGCAAUGAUCUAUUACGGCCGGGCCAUUGCGCAUGCCGCAACGGGCGCCCUGGAACGUGCGGACGCUGAAAGGGCUCUGUAUCUCGCUGCUGUGCAGCGCGUUCCGGAGUCUAGGAGGGACCAUCCGAAUCGCGUUGUCGACAUCCUCAAGGUCGCGACGGCCAUGUUGGACGGGGAGAUCGAGUACCGCCGCGGGAAUUUCGGCCCUGCGUUUGAGGCCCUGCGGCGGGCGAUUCAGUUCGAUGAUGCGCUCUUAUAUACUGAGCCCUGGGGGUGGAUGGUCCCGACGAGACAUGCGUUUGCGGCGUUGUCGCUGGAGCAGGGGGAUGUGGAGGGUGCGUGCCAGGCGUAUGCGGAGGACUUGGGGCUUGAUCCGUCGAUUACGCGCGCGCACCAGCAUCCAGGGUCGGUGUGGGGGCUGCAUGGGUAUCAUGAGUGUUUGGUAAGGCUGGGAAGGAAUGGCGAGGCGGCAAUUAUCAAACAGCAAUUGGAUGUUGCGCUGGCUGUGGCAGACGUGGAGAUCCGGGCGUCUUGCUUUUGUCGGCUGGGCGUUUCGGAUACGAGGGAUGAGUGUUGUAAAUAGACAUUAACCUGCAAGGCUGUCUGUCAGUAAAAAUACAUUUUGCCCAUUCUCGGAACUUUGCAU